AUUUAGCAAAUGAUCCAACUUACUCAAAAUCAAAACAUGUUAUUUAUUAGUUCCUCACUUGCGAAGAAAAUUGUUCCUUAUUCCUUAAUUUCUCGAACUUCAAUAUGUUGGCCGGCCAAUGGCAUGAAUUUAGCAAAUGAUCCAACUUACUCAAAAUCAAAACAUGUUAUUUAUUAGUUCCUCACUUGCGAAGAAAAUUGUUCCUUAUUCCUUAAUUUCUCGAACUUCAAUGUAAAAGGGCAUGCCUGGUUGCGGGCAAAUGUAAAAUGCUUUGCUUCACUGUUCCACUUUCUUCCAUGCCAAAAGUCAAAACAGUUUGAUGGUGUUCCACUUUCUUCCAUGCCAAAAGUCAAAACAGUUUGAUGGUGUUCAACUUUCCUUUGAAAAUUGGAAAUCUUCACAGGAUGCCGUUUUUUGGGUCCGUCCUUAGAUUUCAUAAAGAAAAUCAUGUCCAUACAAACAGAGCAACCUCUUCCUACUCACACUCCCUUCCUAAAUUCAAACUCAAACCAAAGCCACCAACACCAACCACAAGAAAACAACAACGAUUAUGAAACACAAACACCUCUUGAUGAUGUCCUUGCAAGUUUAGAAGUGCUUCUCACGCUACUUAGCUUCAACCAGUCUUCAUUGUUGAGCUUCACUGUGUCUUGGACAACGUUUGCGGUGGUUGGUGUGGUUGCGCCACUCCUGGCUCUUCAGGUGUAUGACACCGACAAAAAUCAGAUAAAAGGUUCCUCUUGGUUGACCAUCACGCUGCUCACAUGCCAUGCUUUCACCAUGAUUUCGGGAUCUAUACGGUUAAUCAUUCUGUGGGUUUUGUCAUGUUUCCUUUUGAAGACAGCCCGAGAAAUCACUCACCUUGCCUUCGUAGAACACGGGUCCCUUUGGCCCUCCAUUGCUGUUUUGUUGGCUCUGAUAGUAUCAUGGACUUAUGUGAGUGCAAUCUCUUUAUCAGCCUGUGUUCUAUUUCACUUGGUCUGCAGUUUGCAACUCGUUCACUUUGAUGAUUAUAGGAAACUCUUGCAAAGGGAAUAUGAUGCCUUGGUUUUUAUGGAGGAGCACAUUCGGUUGCGAUUCCAACUGUCCAAGAUAAGCCAUAGGUUCAGAAUUUACCUUCUUCUACAGUUCUUGGUGGUCACAGCUAGCCAAUUUGUGACUCUAUUACCGGUCUCUGGAUUUGGUGGAGCACUGACUUUCAUAAGUGGUGGAGAUUUUGCUGUUUUCACACUUGUUAAGGUGGUUGGGAUUAUUAUUGUUCUGCAUGCAGCAACAAAGAUUUCACUUAGAGCACAGGGCAUUGUUUCCCUUGCAAGCAGGUGGCAUGCGCUUGUAACAUGCACUUCUGAUCCAUCUAAACUGAGAUAUUGUGCUAGUACAGGGAGCUUGGAAGCUGCAAAACAUUUAAACUCAAUAUUUUUGGAUUACUCAGAAAGUGAUCUAGACUCAUCAGAUUACAUUGUUGUGCCUUCAAAUACCCAGUUAGCUUCUUAUAUGUCCUCACAUCACAAGAGACAAGCCUUUGUGAUGUAUCUGCAGACAAAUGCUGGAGGAAUCAGUAUAUUUGGAUGGACAGUUGAUCGGUCUCUAGUCAACACCAAUCAAGGGCCUUUGGGCCUUCCAGGUUACUACGAUAAAUUGAGCUGUUGCUUCCUGCAUUUCCAUUAUUGUUUCUUACACUUUCCAUUACAUCAUAGAAAAUCCAUUCCGAAAUGGACUUUCCAUAAUGCAAUGGGAACUGUAGGAAUACAGGAAGUUUUACCCAAUAAAUUGAUUGAAAGGGCCCACAAAUUCUACAGUUCUUCUUCGUUACCAAGUUACUACCAAAUUGGGUACAAGCCAUGGCAGUUUCUUAAGACACGAGUCAUGAACAAUAAGUAUAUGAAGAUCCAUCAUGCAAGAGAACAGCCUCUAGUCUUACACUAGAGCACACUGUAGAUGUGACAACAAUAUUUAAGACUUGCAUCAUCACUGUCCAAAUUAUAAAGAUUCUCGUUUAUUUUGUUUACAUCA